GAGGUUUUGAUCUCCAGCAGCAUCAUGCCUGAACCAGCGAAGUCCGCACCGAAGAAAGGCUCCAAGAAGGCCGUCACUAAGACCGCCGCGAAAGGAGGAAAGAAACGCAGAAAGUCCAGAAAAGAGAGCUACGCCAUCUACGUGUACAAAGUGCUGAAGCAGGUUCAUCCUGACACCGGGAUAUCUUCGAAGGCGAUGGGCAUCAUGAACUCUUUCGUCAACGACAUCUUCGAGCGCAUCGCCGGUGAAGCGUCUCGUCUCGCUCACUACAACAAGCGCUCCACCAUCACUUCCCGAGAGAUCCAGACCGCCGUGCGUCUGCUGCUGCCCGGGGAGCUGGCCAAACACGCCGUGUCUGAGGGCACCAAGGCCGUCACCAAGUACACCAGCUCCAAGUAGAGCUCCGCUGCAGCUCUCACACACAAAGGCUCUUUUAAGAGCCACCCAUAUUUUCACAAAGAGGCUUUAAAUAAGCGUGUCUUUAUUUUUUUCAUAAUUACUAUGUGAAAUGUGACGUUAAUGCUUAAUAGUUUAGUUUCUUUAAAUUUGUUUGACUGUUUUAUGUUGUCGGUGAAAGAUGUGUUUGUGUUCACUCUUAAGUUCAAUCUGUUUGUUUAGCAGUGUGUAUCAUUUAUGCUGCGGCGCCCGGGGAGCAGUUGGGGGUUCGGUGUCUUGCCCCCCCAACAGCGAGUCAUGGGUCUUCUCACUAGUGUUUACAGUACGUCAAAUACAAGUGCGUUCAUAUGAACUGAAAAAUAUCACAGAUCGCUUCGCUUGAUGGUGAGUGAAACUCUGAAACGUUCUGUCAGAGUCUCCGGCGAGUGAAAAUAUAUCUGUACUAAACAGCCUCCGACUCACACACUGGCGUGCAAAAUCUGAGAAUUUAUUAGCCAUUGGCUAAUAUUAGACAUCAUUUAGUCACCCAGAGUGAAGAUGUAGUCAAAUAUGCGAGUGUUUUACUCGCAAUGUAGAGGGUUGUCUAGACCGAGCAAACGUCUCGCAGUAAAGAAAGAAGGAAAUAUAUCACAAAAGCAGACUUUUUCAUGACUCAGAAAAUGAU